CUCUUUCUGAGCCAUAUAAGAGCUGAACUGUUAUGGAGACCCCAUCACACUGCAGUUCGCUGCUACGCAGAGAUGAGCACACGGAUAAUGAAAUCCAACCCCGCCAUGAAACUGAUAGUGCUCUUCACGGCUUCUUUUUCAUGGGCCUUCCAGCAGCAAGCCGUGCCACCAAAGUACCAGUACAGAGAUCCCGUGACGUCUCAAGUCCGUUCUUGUGACCAGUGCCCCCCCGGUACAUCCGUGAAACGACACUGCACCGCUGAGACACCCACCGAGUGCCAGCCCUGUCCUGAGAGGCAUUUUGCUGAGAACUGGCACUGGGGGGAUAUGUGCCAAUAUUGUACCUCAGUGUGUAAGGAGAGGCAGCUAGUUAAACAGCAGUGCAACAGCACGCAUGACCAGCUCUGUGAAUGCGAGCUAGGCUACCAUCUAGUGGUGGAAUUCUGCAUUGCACACAGUACCUGUCCGCCUGGAUACGGAGUCAAAGCUUUGGGCACACCAGAAAGUGACACCUUGUGCGAACGCUGUCCGGAUGGUUCUUUCUCUGCUGGCAGUUCCUCCACCGAGCCAUGUCAGCUGCACAGAAACUGUGGGGAUUUUGGCAUGAAGACUCUGAAACGGGGCACAUCCACUUCAGACAGCCUGUGUGGAUCUCCUGACAUUAAAGCAAGACUGGACUGCUCCCAGCAUUACACUCUGUGUCAUAAUGGUGAGAACAUAGAUGUGACUCUUUGCGAGGAGGCAGUUUUCGAAUCUCUGGCCUCACUGCCUCUGUCCUCGGUGCCUCUGGAGCAGAUCCUUGAGAGUCUUCCUGGGCAGAAGGUGGAUCUCAAGAGCCUUGAGAGGCUGAAGAAGGUGUGCUCUCCCCAGCAGCAGGUCCUGCACGUGCUGCGACUAUGGAGGGAGCAGAACAAAGACGCGUUGUAUGGCAUCAUACAAGGUGUGAACCACUGUGAGAGGAAAGUCUCCCGCUGCAACGCUCUAAAAAACCUGACCAUAGAUGACCUAAUUAAGGUGGCCAACAGCCUGCCGGGGAUAAAAAUCCAGGAGCGGGAUAUCAAGGCCGUUGUCUCUACCUGCCUGCCCAGGCAGUACCUCCUACAGAUCCUCCACCUGUGGAAAACCACAAACUACAACCUGGAUCUAGCCAAAGGUCUGUCUCAUAGUCUGAGGGUGCUGCGCAACCAAGGGGCUCCACGCUAUCUAAUCAAAGGCCUCAAGAAAAUCAAUCGCAUCAUAGGAACCUCGUCAGCGCACAAGAAAUAUGAGAAGAUGUUUAUGAGCAUGUUUCAGGAUGAGUCAUGCUUUAAAGCUUAUAAGCCACUAAAUGAAUGAGGUCCUAAAGUGUGCAAACAAGAAACUUUGCAGCCCACAGCAUUACAAAAACACACAUGCAUUGUCUGAUUGAAAAUGUAGUAUAAGAUACAUAAGAAGCAUGAGGACACUGGAACCAUUGGACAGCUAAACAUUCAUUCAUAAAAAAAAUGGUGUCAAGGAGGAAAAAACAACACCAAGCAAAGCACAUUGACGCAUAGAGGUAUAGGCAAAGCCUACAGAAGGUAAAUUCUUUGCUGUUCUACAGAUAAGAUCAGAUGCAAAUAUUGUCAACCUGGAUUUACUAUUUAGCCUGAAAACAGGAAGAAAAAAAACUCCCAUAGCUAAUGUGUUCACACAUCUGUUUCCUAGAAAGAGCUUGACUAGAGUCUUAAAAAUUAAAAUCUUGUUAAGAUAUAAAUAACAGGCUGUUUUAUAGGAAUAAAAAGGCCGGCAGAUUCUGGUUUGUACUAUUAGAGCUUUCUCGCUGUUUGAGAGCAAGAAUUUGAUUUCAUAAUGAAAUACAUUUAUUUUCCUUAGCUGUCCAUUUUUAUUUGUUCUGGACUGCUGAAACUAAAGCUGUUUUUAUAUUUUCUUUUUUGGUCAGUUAUAUGAAUGUAUAAAGGAGUGCAAUUGCUUGUUUUUUUAUUUAAAGUGUAAUAUUUCUUUUUUAAAGUGUAAAAGCUUGUUUUUAUUACUUUUAUCGUAAAUACUGGAUUCUGACAUGCUGCAAGUUCAUGAAGUGAUAUUUUUUUAUAUUUUGUUUUGUCACUUUUAUAUUAGAAGUGGAUGGUCUGAGUUGUAUAUAUGCCUGUCUAGUUCUCUUUGAGCUUGUAUAACUAAGUUGUGAACAUUUCUAAAACUCAAAUGACAAUUAGUUUGUAAAAAAUGUCUUGUUUUAUUAUAAAUAAGCAUUGAACAGAAAAAAAGA